AUGUCCGAACCAUUCAUCAAGCAAGAUCCUUAUAUCAAACCCGACCCCGAAACCCCAGCAGAGGAAGAGGAUCUAUACGAAGAUGCUGGCGACCUCGAAUUUUACGACAAGAAUGCUCCCACUUCCGAGACGCUCUACCUAGCGCGCGUUCCUCGAUACAUGUGGGAAGCUUGGUACAAGCUCACCGAGCGACUGGGCGACGACGAUGAGAUUCAGAUUGGCACUCUGCGAACAUGGACCGAACAAAAGCCAGACGGCAGCUCGGAUACCAAGCUUCGCAUGCUUCUCUCCAACAACUGCCCCGAACACCAAGUGCUGCCUCGCGAAUACGACCUCGAAGUCCUAGAACCCAAUGUCAGCAACCACUUCAUCUUCAGCGAAGAAGAUUUGCCCGGUUUCAAGGCACGGAGCAAGGCGCGACAAGAGGCUGCUAACGCUGGUAUCCCUGCCUCGCUGCUAAGGCAGAAGCAAGCCAACAACGGCAACGGGCCAGAUCGACCGACGUACGACCGCAGGAGCCGAUAUCAACCCUACUAUCGAAAGGCUGUUCCCAAAAAGACGAAGAUCUUUGGUAAGAUACAUUAUGAUGUUCGCGUGGAACCUCGUGAUAUUAGGGAAGAAGAGCGACUGCUUCAGCAGAAGAUUCUCGAUGCUGAGGCAAACAAGUCCAAGCUUCAAAUUAUCAGUCGAAACGCAGCUUCAACCAUUGUCAACCCCGGAAGUGUCAGCGCAGCCAACUGGGGUGGCAGCUUUGUCAAAAAUGCUGCAGCUACAGCCAAGCCAAAGAAGGGCGAGGUUUUCAAGGCCGCCCGUAUCCCAGAGAACCAGCUUCUGGAUCUUAUUUUCGAGUGUUUCCGCCAGUAUCAAUAUUGGUCUAUGAAGGCACUUCGACAAAAGCUCCAGCAGCCCGACCAGUACUUGCGGCAAGUGCUUGAGAAGAUUGCCGUCCUCAACAAGAGUGGUCGGUUCGCCAACCACUACUGUUUGAGCGACGCUUACCGCGACAAGGGCGGCGCAGAGGCCCAAGAGGCUGCCGCCGAACCCAUGGACGAUGACGACGACGACGAAGAGAUGGAAGAUGUGCUACCAGUCUCUUAG